AUGAAAUUGCCAGGAAAAAGCCAAAAAUUGGCAGUAUGGAGAACCUUAAACCUACUCAGAACAGGAGUUGCCAGAACAAAAAUCGACCUUGAAAAAUGGAGAUAUAUCGAUGGACCAGUGGACUGUGAAUGUGGGUAGGAAGAUACGACAGAACACGUACUGAUAUGUGCUCAGAAUUUAGUGGCAUGCUCCUACGAAAACACCAUUACAGAAACAGACGCAGCCAUACCCGUGGCCGAGAUAUGGAAAGGGAAAACUUAAAUUCGAACGCAUCUUUAACUUUUGGAUACAAUAAGAAGACUAGGGAAAACAACCACAGCAUGUCAGCUGGACACCUUGGACACGUGUUCAGUAAAGAAGGGUUCAAACCGUCUAAAAACUUAGGAAAUUAA